GGCUAUUUAAGAUCAAUACGUUCGUCACUCGGUACACAAAUUGAACCGCAGUGGCUUGAAAGAGACGCUUGCAGUUUGUACUUUCGAUAACGUACCACGUACAAACCGCCGUUCGUCUUAAGCCCAUCACGUUAUUAUUAUCACCAUGCAGGUCUCUUACGCAAUCGGACUGUUGUUGGCCGUUGUAGCAGCCGCUACGUCGACGGAAGUUCAAAAAUCCACCGCCGCCGCCGCACCGUCGUCUGUGCAAUCACAGACGCCUUUCCCGGGACAAGGAAGCGUACCAUACCCAGCACAAGGAAGCGUCCCGUACUCGGCACAAGGAAGCGUCCCGUACUCUGCACAAGGAAGUGUUCCAUACCCAGCACAGAGUUACCAGUUCUCUUCCGACUUCUCCGGACCGUUGGCCAAAUCAUCGUUCGGACCUAAGGCCGGCGUCCCAUCGUCAUCUGCUUUUGCCGCAUACCAACCGUACCAGCAACACCAGCAGUACAAUUUCGGAUCGCACCAACAGUACUACCCGGCUUCCGGAUACCCCGCCGUCGGAUCGUAUCCGACCCCGUACUCGGCUCAACCAUCGGCCGGCGCCGCUUACCCGACUCCGUACUCCGGUUACCCGUAUCCGGCUCAACCGUACCACGGCGGCUCUUACUCGCCCUAUCUGGCCGCCUUCCCGUCGUACUACGGCGGUCAAUUCGGCGUCCCGUCCGCCGCCGCCACUCCGUACAACGGUCACUACACGGGCGCCGCACCGUACAACGGUCACUACACGGCCGCCUCGCCGACCGUCACACCGUACUCGUCCCUGCCGGCCGCUUAUCAACAACAACCGUUGCAACACUCGUCGUCGUUCUACAACGGCGGUGCGGCCGGUCAACAGUACGGCCAGUCCCAACAGUACCUCUCCCAACAGCAGUACCCGUCCCAGCAGUACCAAUCGUUCUACGCUAACUCGCCGGCCACCCCGGCCGCCGCCACUGCCACCGAUGCCGUCAAGGCCUCGGCCGAGAGGAAGUGAAAACGAUUGAUCGCCAUCGAGGAUACUUCGCUGCUGGACUUUUGACUUAUUAUUUCACUACUUAGGAUGUACGAUCAUUAUUUAUUAUUGCAACACUUAUUGCCAUAUUUUGUGAUAAAAUUAAGCACAAUAAUAUACUUAACGUAAUUAUAUUAC